CAUUAUUAUAAGUGGAUGAGGUGCAUGCCACCAAACAGUACAGAUCAGACUGCUGGUGAUCUGAUAAUCAGAUUAAGACAUCCAGGACGUUUGUGGGACAGUUGAAGUGGUAUCCCCCCUGUAGUCUAAUGGUAUCGCACCAUCAUAGCACGAAGACAUAACACACCACUGAAGUAUACACAAGUUACGGUUGGCGUUGCUGUUCGUACGUCGCACAUUCUACAAUCAUCACUCGCGUGACGUCUCAUGAAUUAUCAUCAGGCGUCUUGAACAUUCACGUUUGGUCAGUUUGUGAAAGUACACGUGUGCAGUUAUCACGAUGAUUAUGGUUCCUUCCGCUCUUCGUGCCUGUUUUUUGGUGUGCGUUCUAGCACAAGUCGACAUGAGCUGGACUUAUGCCAUGGACUUAAGUGGUCGAAUUACGAAACCGAUGUGCGUAUCGAUCCCAGCUGGUAUGGGGUUAUGUCAGAACAUUGGUUACACACAGAUGCGAAUGCCGAACCUAUUAGACCAUGAUAGCAUGGGAGAGGUUCAGCAGCAAGCCGCUAGUUGGGUACCGUUAGUGCAAAAAGGAUGUCAUCCAGAAACGCGACUAUUUCUGUGCUCGCUUUUUGCUCCCGUAUGUCUAGACAGACCGAUCUUUCCUUGUCGAUCGCUUUGUGAAAAGGUCCGGGACUCAUGUACCCCGGUUAUGCUGGAGUAUGGAUUUCCCUGGCCAGAAAUGCUUUACUGUGAUAAACUGCCAUUGGACAACGAUCUCUGCAUUGCGCCGCAUAUGAGCAACGGUUCGACGGAGACCAACGGAGGCGGUGGCGAGGUUGUCCCCGAGGGAGACAAAGAGGACGAUAGCGAAGAAAAAGGUGGAACAUGUGAACAGUGUCAUCAAGAUGCAUCACGAGACGUUCUUUUAGAACAAUACUGCGAAGCAGAUUUCGUUGUUAAAACCAGAAUAACAGAGUCGAAGAAAACUCGGGGAGACAUGAAGUUUGUGAGUAACAAAAAAAAGCGAAAAUUCUACAACAAAGGCGGAUUAAAGAAGAAAGAUAUGCAGGAGAUGUCAUUGUAUGUCGAAGAUGGAGGGCGCUGUAACUGUGACGUCAUAGAGCCAGGCAAAGUCACCUAUCUUAUCAUGGGAAAGCAAAUGGACAAAAAACUUGUCAUCACAUUCGCCAUGCCCUGGAAAAAAUCACGUGAUUUCCGGCGAGCAACCCGCAUGUUUAAAGGACUGCAGUGCGAUGAUUCCAGAAAACGACUUUAACUUGCAAUAAAAGUAUCAACUUUCUUUGUCACUUAGAAAGCUCUUUGAAAAGGACUUACGUAUACCGACGUAUUAUGACGUCAUGUGUAUAAACGAUUAUAAUGUUUACUCAACAAUGUGCCUACAAUUCACGCGUACAAACUUGUUAAUAUUUUAAGUUCACAGGCAUAUCACCAAUAUAUGCCUAUAAUGGGCAUGUGUUUUUGACUAUUCACUACUAUCACAUUAUCACAGAAUGUCGACAAACUGAUGUUUGAUUUCCGAACAUUAUAUCUGAAAUAUAGUAUAUGGAGGGCCUAUAAGCUCAUGACAUUAUGGCGAUUCCACAGUCAGAGUAAAGAACGAUCUAUUCCAAAUUUAAAGAGGCUUAAAAUCACAUCGCCUGAGGGCAGGCUUUUCUUCCAGGCGAAUCAUAAACAAAUAAAACGCUGGCUUGAAACGAGCAAAUGUAGACGUCACUGACUGUAAACAGUUUGUUUUUAUCACGUUUGUCUUUAAAGAAAAUUAUAGUAUAUUCUGAUAUAAAUAUUUAUUAAUUGUUUAUUUUUCGACAAGAUUCGUUGUCAUAGAAGCGUAGGUUUCUAGAUUCUCAUCUGUAAAUUACUUUGCAUUCUAUAGAGCAAUCUAUAGAUGCCCAUUUGUUUUCCUUUCCAACAUAUUGCUUGUUCUCUUUUACGAUUGGUCCAUUUUAUGUCGUGGUACAAAAGUUUGUUUUGUACGUUCAUGACUAUCAUGUUUGAUUGUAAUAUAUUAUUACGAGUACAUGUACUUGUUUUAAAGAGAAAUAUUGUAGUUGAAAUAUUAUGACAUUAAACACACCACUUUUCAUUACCACAGUAAA